AUGGCAGUCCGGAGACGGACACGUGCGCCCCCAGCUCCUCUCCGAUGGGAGGAGACGACCUCCAUCGUCGACAAGUACUGGGGCGAAAUGACGUCCGAGGCUAUUCGCGAGCGCGUCCUCGAAGCUGCCCCGCGCAAUCCGCUACACACACAUCGUGUCUUCAGGAAGCUCUACAUUGCCUUCUUCUUCCUUUUUGGCUUCUUCGUCCUUGUCCCACUUUGGUUCCUAUGGUACUGGCCCCGAUUUACGCGCCCUAGACGAUCCUGGACCGCCCAACGCUGCGUCCGAGUGGCGUGGAGUCGCCGCAUUUGCGCAAUCGUCGCCCGCUGUGAAAUCGAUUGGCUCGGAAGGGACCUGAGCGUGCAGCUGGAUCCCUCGAGGCUCGUCCACUCGCACCCAGUCACCCUCGGCGUCCCGCCAGACUCGUGGCUGAUUGGUUAUGCCGCAGACAUGAUGGAGCAGUUGCACGCGACCCGCGGCAAGUGGCACCCCGACAUGGUCCACAGACGGUCCUCGGCCUGGAGUAGAUGGAACCCCGCACCUGCGCCGCACGGCUUCGCCCCGGUGUCGGCCUUUUGGUACUCCGGGCCGAAAGCCAGCAGGAAGAGCAAGCCCCUUCCUCGUCAGAGAGGCGAACCGGUGCUUCUGGCCUUCCACGGCGGCGGCUACAUCUGCGGCUCUGCUGCGGAGACGGACGCCACAUCGCUCAUCUACCGGAACCUAGUGCAAUACACUGCCGUCAAGCACGUCCUGAGCGUCGACUAUCGUUUGGCCAACAAGUCCCCCUGGCCUCUUCCCCUGCUAGACGCCAUCGCGGCAUACUACCACCUUGUGGCAGUUGAAGGCAUUGACGAGCGCGACAUUCUCAUUGGCGGGGAUAGCGCAGGCGGGCACCUCGCGCUGGCGACGAUGCGCUGGAUCCGCGACGCUGGUCCGCAACUGGGCCUGCGCGGGCCCCGUGCUCUGAUCCUCUUUUCACCCUGGUGCGAUAUCGGGUUCACCCACGUUUGGGGUGACAAGCUCAUGAAGCACAACCAAAGCACGGACAUCAUCCACGACAGCUUCGGACCCUUUGCCUCGGGCUUGCUCACACGCGCCAUGCCGCCCGGCUGCAUCCACAAGGACGUGUACCUCUCUCCAGCCUCGCGCCUCAUCGCUCCGACGGCAGGCACGUUCGCCGGCUUCCCGCCCAUGUUCAUUACGUACGGCGAGGUCGAACGCAUCUCGCUCGAGAUCACCGACUUGUUCCGCCGCGUCCAGCUUUCGCGCAGGACCAUGCCCGCGGUGAUCCCAGACGAGCUGUAUCAAGCACCUGACGCAGUACACGACUUCAUGAUAUUCCCCUGGUUUGCCGACGAGACCGCCGGCGUGCUCGAGCGUCUCGACGAGUGGCUCCGCGAGCUCUUGUCUCGCGACGACACCGAGGACGACGCGGUCAGCCUCAACCUCGGCCCGCACGGCGAGCUCCAGCCCCUUGCCAUGAUCUCGCCCGCUACCGAGCUGCCCCCGCCCCUCGCCCCGCUCACGGGCAUGCGGCCUACUGCGGCGCAGUCGUCGCGCCCCUCACCUCACGUCAGUCCGUUUUCGCCUUUCUCGCCUCUCUCCCCGCUCCAGUCGCCCUACGUCCACGCCCUGUCUCCAGAGGAGAAGCAGCGCCGGCAGGAGAAGCGCGCCGCGCUCAGAGCCGCAAAGAGCCCCAGAAUGGUGCCGGUGCGCGACACGCCGCGCCUCAUGUACGCCGACAUGCGCCACGAAGGCCUUCACUACUUGGACAUUCCGCACCUCGAUCUGGGCGGCAGCGGUGGAUCUGGUGUGCCCAUCGGCACCGCCGCCCUCGAGGAGGACGAGCUUCGGCUUGAGGCCGAAAAGGACGACAGCGAGACGUCCAGAGAAAGCGACAGCGCGUCGCGUCCGCCUUCGCGUCGCGCCAAGUCGACUCCCUCGCACCCCCGCUCUAAGAUGUAG